AUGCCUCCACGCUCGGGUAUACCUGAUGAGACAGAUGCACCAGAAUAUAUCAAAGUCAAAUAUCUAACAACUGCCGCAGGUGGCUGGGAAGCAUAUAGCAUAUCAGUCCCUAUCAGGAAGUUGAUUGCCCAAAUGUGUGCAACUUCAUCGUUCUCCGACCACAAAAGUACGGAUUCAAAGGACGGAUCAUCUGGGAAGCUUGAAGCAUAUAAAAAUGGGGGAAAUCCACUAAUCAAGCUCAAAUCUAGUGGUGGAAUCACUGCAUCAAUGGGUAGCCCAAUUCAACGUGCAAGGCCCUUGGGUCCUGUCUACUGGGCCGAAGAAGAAGGUGAAUUCAAGCCACGUGGCUCCUUAGAAAAAGUAAGUUAUCAUUACCCGUGUGAGUAG